GGAUAAAUUAGUAUAUAAAGAAACCCGUAAGUAUUUUUUCAUAUUAAAAGUUAUGUAUAAUUGUAAACUCAUUUAGAAAAGUUUUAGUUUAUUGAAGUGAUUGCAAAAAAGUUUCCAGACAAAAUGGUCAACUCACUCCUUAAAUUUGUUGUGAUGAUGGUUUUCUGUCAAUUAGCUGUAUCAGCUUUACGUGAAGAAGAUUUCAGAAAAAGUUUGGAUGGCAAUUACCCUGAGAAGUUUUUGUACCAACUGUUAAAUAAUCAGAUAAAACACCGUGCUGGUUAUCUGACCGAAAUCUCAGGACAAACCAAUUUCAGUGAUGACGAUUAUUCUGUUAUAAACGCAACGAUUGGAUCAGUGGAACUCUUGACUUAUUACAUGUCUAAAAUUCGUUCAUCAUUACAACCCACUCUUAGGUACAAAGCUUACGAUAAUUUAUCAAAAAUUUACGCAGAAAUACUAGAACAAUUCAACGACCAGUUCAUUUCUCAAUAUAAAAGUAUCGUAGAAAUUGAUUAUCUCAAUCCGGUCAUAUUAUCCGAACAGCUUAAAAAUAAGUCUGGAACCUUUGAGUCGGUUAAGCAAAAUGCUUUACUCCUGAUUGAUGCAUAUUCUUAUGAUAUCGAUUUCAUGUCUAAAUAUGAUCCAUCUGAUAUUUAUCGAACUGCAUUAGCUGAAACUUGUUUGAAAAAUUUAAGUUCACUACGGAAAGAAAUCGAAAGUCUCAUUCAACUAACUGGUAAUUCACCAAUUCCAACUUUGGAGAUAUUACUAACACGGUUCGAUCUAAUUCUUCGUCAUGUUGCCGGUAAACCUCAAGCUGGUUAAAUAUUCAUUGAUGCAAAUUGAUCAAACGAAAUUGUCAUCAUAUUAUAAUCUAAAUUUACUACUUGAACUUCCAUUCUAACGACCAUAAUAAAAAUUGAGCAAACAAAUUA